AUGCCUGCUGGAGGUGCUUCAGCGUCCAACUCAAACGGUGCUGGAGCUCUGGCGCCUAUUGUCACGGAGUUAGAUCGUCUUGCGCCGAGUUUUGAUAUUCGAGGAGAGCAGAUACGCAUUAUUCAAACACCGGCCCAAUUCUACGAGACACUCAAGGAUCGGAUACGGAAUGCCAAGAGACGAAUCUUUUUGUCUACGUUGUACAUUGGAAAGUCGGAAAAGGAACUUAUCGAAACUUUGCAGGAGUCGUUGAGGAAAAAUCCAGAUGUCAAGCUGAGCAUUCUUACGGAUGCCUUGCGAGGAACCCGUGAAGCACCUAACCCAUCCAGCGCAUCGUUGCUGGCACCACUGGUGGAAGAGUUUGGAGCGGAUCGUGUCGAGAUUCGAAUGUACCAUACACCAAACUUGACUGGGUUGAGAAAAAAGUACAUCCCUACGAGGAUCAAUGAGGGAUGGGGACUUCAACAUAUGAAGUUGUAUGGUGUUGAUGAUGAGAUCAUCAUGGCAAACCUGUCAACCGACUAUUUUACCAAUCGUCAAGAUCGGUACCAUCUCUUUUCCUCGAAAGAAGUCACCGAUCACUUCUGGAGCAUCCAUUCAGGAGUAACGUCUUUCAGUUUUCUUGUUCAACCGUCAAAAGAACCAGCAGGUUUCACUCUUGCCUGGCCAGAGAACAACUCUGCGCCUUCACCGUUGGAGAAGCCCGAAUCGUUCAUUAAGAGCACUACAUCAACACUCCAAACUCUUCUGCACCCCAAGUCCAGACCUGAGAACGACAUCUCAGAUACAAGAGUGUACAUGCUUGGCCAGAUGUCCCAGGUUAUGAAGCCUGACACAUCAACUGAGCUCCCCAUCAUUACGCAUAUCCUCAAGACUCUCGCUCUACCUGCAUACCGGGACUCUUCUUGGACUUUCACGGCUGGUUAUUUUAACCCUGCGCCGUCACUCACAAAACUACUCCUCGGUACCGCUUCCUCCUCCAACACUGUCAUCACAGCUUCCCCUGAAGCAAACGGGUUCUACAAAUCGAAGGGCGUCUCUGGUCUCCUGCCAGAUGCUUACACCCUUCUUGCCCGUCGCUUUGUUCACCGCGUGCACCAUGAAGGACGCGACAACGACAUCACCCUAAAGGAGUGGCGUUAUGGUGUUGUUGGUCAGCCAGGUGGAUGGACGUACCACGCCAAGGGUCUGUGGGUUACGAUGCCGGGAGAUAGCAACCCAGCUAUGAGCAUCAUUGGCAGUUCCAAUUACACCAAGCGCAGCUACUCGCAUGAUCUUGAGGCUGGAGCUUUGAUCGUCACUCGUGAUGAGGGUCUCAAGACGAGAUUGGGAGAAGAGCAGCUCUGGUUACAGGAGCAUGCUACCAAGGCAACUCGGGAUGACUUUGCCAGAACUGAACGACGAGUCGGUCUAAAAGUCAGAGUCGCCAUGUGGAUUGUUUCGCUGGUAGGCGGAGCGUUGUAA